AAGGACAAUGACAAGCACAGUACCUUCCAAGAAGCCUUACCGUAAGGCUCCACCACAACAUCGUGAGAUUCAUCAUGAGCUGCCCAUUCUGUGUGAUGAAUAUGAUGGUGUGAUUUUGGCAGAGCAGAAUCAGGAGCCCUUGACAGAUGCAGACAGGAUAAAGUUGUUGCAGCAUGACAAUGAGGAGCUACGUCGACGUUUGGCCUAUGUCACCAACAAAAUGGAAGCAAUGGAGAGGGAGUUGGAGUCUGGGCAAGACUAUCUGGAGAUGGAAUUGGGCCAAAAUCGAGAAGAACUAGAAAAAUUUAAAGACAAAUUCCGUAGAUUGCAAAAUAGUUACACAGCUUCACAAAGAACAAAUCAGGAUUUGGAGGAGAAGCUGCAUGCCCUGGCCUCUCUCAGUCAAAACUGGAUUUUUGCAAUUAAAAAAGCUGAAAUGGAUCGGAAAACUCUUGAUUGGGAAAUUGUGGAGCUCACUAAUAAGCUUCUGGAUGCCAAAACAACUAUCAAUAAACUGGAAGAGCUUAAUGAGCGGUAUCGGCUAGACUGUAACUUAGCAGUGCAGCUCCUGAAGUGCAACAAAUCUCAUUUUCGGAACCACAAAUUUGCUGAUCUUCCAUCUGAGCUGCAAGAUAUGGUCAGCAAGCACCUGCAAAACACUCAGGAUUCUGAAGGCCCUGGCCAGGAGGAACUGCACACCUUGGCUCCCUCUGAUGCUGUACCCACCUCAGUCAUUGCUAGAGUGUUGGAGAAGCCAGAAUCCCUGGUGCUGAACUCAGCCAAAUCCAGUAGUGGAAGUUGCUUGGUGGCUGAAGAUGUGUUUGUGCAUGUAGAUAUGAGUGGCACUCCUCCUGAACCUUGUGUGAGUUCGGGGCAAACAGAAAGCAAAGGGAAAGAAGGAUCAAGACAGCAAAAUGGGAGCUGCAGAUCACAGAACUGCCUGGAGAGCCUGCCGAAGGAGGUGCCUACUUUUGAGAAGCUAAGCCCAUAUCCUACCCCUACCCCACCCCACCCCAUGUAUCCAGGCCGCAAAGUAAUUGAGUUUUCAGAGGACAAGGUGCGGAUUCCAAAGAACAGCCCACUGCCUAAUUGUACUUAUGCGACCCGCCAAGCUAUUUCUUUGAGCUUAGUCCAGGGGGAGGAUGAGAACGGUGACAAGCAGCGGCCCCUUCCCAGCAGCCCAGCCUCAGGUCAACGCUCUGCUUCUAGCUGCUCCUACCAACCUUCCCCCAACCCCCCACAGGUUCCCAGCACGUUUGCCAGCUCCGCCAGCUCAGAGGAAGAUUUACUAGCUAACUGGCAGCGGAUGUUUGUGGAGAAGGCUCCUCCUACCACAGAGCAGGUGCUAGUAAACCGUACUGCAUUUAGCCGUGACUCAGCACAGGAGCUCCAGAAACGUUUCAGUCGCUCCAUGCAAGAGUUAGGCCGGGUAGCUUCCGCCUACUCGGAUGGUGAAGAAUCAGUGCAGAGCUGCAGCUGGACUGUAAGCAGAGAGUCAAGCGUGGACAUCGACAGCACAGAGUUUCAGAGUCGCCGGAACCACUUCUCUUCUGACUACAGCACAGAUUUCUCCCAGGAUGAAAGCUGCAAACUGCUGCAAGGGUGUGGUCCCGAGGGGAUGGCAGAGCUGGUCACUUCUUCACCAGAGAAGUCCAAAGAUUACAUAGACUACACAUCUGGGAGCCCAGCUGAAGAACAGGAAUUGCUACUCCAGGAAAGUAGGAUGAACAGCCACGAGGGGGUUUCUGAGCAGGGCAAGGAUGGCAAGAACAAGCCCCCUCCUGGGCGCCCACAUCGCAGCCCCAAGAGAAUGGGGGUUCAUCAUUUACAUCGGAAAGACAGCUUAACCCAGGCUCAGGAGCAAGGCAACUUACUUACUUGAGAAUGGAGAAGGUUGCCUUGGCUCCCCAGGUUGAGCGUUGCAUUCUCUUCCCAGGCUUGCCCUUCAUGCCCUGAGACCCAAGGGAUUGCCAUCACCUUAUUUUGGCCAGGAAUUCUAGGCAAUGUUUAAGUAUUUACUGUCUUCUUAAUACACAGGAAAGGGGGGAGACAGCUCUUCUCUAACAUCAGGAUGCAUUUGGAUGUACGCUGGCAACAGUUUUGUGCUGAUGUUGACUGCUCAAGCACUCCUCAGGUGUAGAUAAGAGAUAGCAUUGUGCUCUCUGUGCCUGCCUUCUCCAACCUGUUCUCCUUGUCUUGAAGGCCAAGAUCUGGAAAAUAGUUCAGAGUCCAAUUAUAAUAAUAUAU